GCGGAGCGGCGGCGGCACCUGGCCAUGGCUGACCCCAGCCACAUCCAGUCGGCCGCCUCCAAGAGCAUCCGCCCCUUCCGCUCCAGCGAGGAGUACCUGGAGGCCAUGAAGGAGGACCUGGCCGAGUGGUUCAACACCCUCUACGACCUGGACAUCCAGGUGGACACCUUCCUGGAGAGCCUGGAGACCGGCUGUCACCUCUGCCGCCACGCCAACAAUGUCAACCGCACCGCCCUGGACUUCCAGGAGCGGCACCCCGAGGCGGCCGCCCGCAUGCGAGUGCCCCAGAACGAGGUGGUGUUCCAGGCCAAGAACGUGGUGCCCGGCUCCUUCAUCGCCAGGGACAACGUCUCCAACUUCAUCCAGUGGUGCCGGCAGGACCUGGGCAUCCAGGACGUGCUCAUGUUCGAGACCAACGACUUGGUGCUGAAGAAGAACGAGAAGAACUUUGUCCUCUGCCUGCUGGAGGUGGCCAGGAGGGGCUCCAAGUUCGGCAUGCUGGCCCCCAUGCUGAUCCAAAUGGAGGAGGAGAUCGAGGAGGAGAUGAGGGACCAAAUGGCCGAGGGCGCGCUGGGCGCGCGCCGGGAGAGCCGGGAGCCCCGGGCGGGCGCCUUCCCCAGCCGGGCCCGGCCCAUGGCCCUGUGCGACCUCAGGAACCUGGACGAGCUGGUGCGGGAGAUCCUGGGCUGCUGCUCCUGCCCCUCGCAAUUCCCCAUGGUCAAGGUCUCGGAGGGGAAGUACAAAGUGGGCGACUCCAACACGCUCAUCUUCGUCCGAGUGCUGCGGAGCCACGUCAUGGUGCGCGUGGGCGGCGGCUGGGACACCCUGGAGCAUUACCUGGACAAGCACGACCCGUGUCGCUGUGCUGCCCUCUCUCACCGCCUGCCCCAGCCCCGCACCCCGGGCAUGUCCCCCCAAAAAGCGGCUCCCGGCCCCUCCUCCUCGUCCCGCGCCUCCAGCCCCAGCGUCCCCCGGCGCCCCCGGCCCGCCGGGCCCCCCCAGCCCCGGGGGGACCCCCCGAAGCCCCCGCGGCAGGAGGGUUUGCCCCCCCGAGGGGGAGCCGCCCCCUGCUCCGGCAGCCCCUCCCGGAGCCCCGCCGAGCCGCGGGCAGCGGGGACGCUCAGGCCGCGCGCCCCCGCGCGCUCCCGGCGCUGCUCGGGUGACAGCGACUCCUCGGCCGCCUCGGCGCAGAGCGGCCCCCGCCGCCCCCCGGCCCGCCGGGACCCCCCGGACCCCCCCGCCCCGGGCUCCCCCCGCGCCUCCCGCAGCCCCGGGCGCGGCUCGGCGCCGCUGCUGCUCAUCCGCCGCCGGCCCGACGGGCAGCACUCGUGGGCACGGGCGGAGCCGGCCGCGGCCGGGAGCCCCGGGGGGCGGCGCGACCCCCGGCCCGGCGCCGGGGACCCCGAGGAGCUGGCGCGGAGGCUGCGGGCCCCGCGCUGGCUGGAGCCCGGGCAGGAGCAGCGGCUGUUCCAGCGGCUGGAGGAGGAAUUCCUGGCCAACACGCGGCUGCUGGAGCAGCUGGGGGACACGGAGAGCGCCCCCCCCGCGCCCCCCGCCGCCGCCGCUGACUCGGCCUAUUGCUCCUCCUCAUCCUCGUCUUCCUCCCUGAACGUCUUCGCCAAGCACGGGCUGCCCGCGGAGGAGGGGCGGCGGGGCGGGAGCAGCGACGGGAACAACAACGGGAACAACAACGGGAACCACGGCGGGUGCCCCCCGCUGCCGUCCAACCCCUCCCUGGCGGAUGCGAGGCGCCGCUCCACCUUCUCCAGCUCCUCCGACGAGAGCUGCUGCUUCCCGGCCUCCUGGGACAACAACCGGGACACCCCGGGGAACGCCGGCUCCGACACCGACUGGGCCGCCGGGGAGGACGAGCUGAUGGAGAUGGAGGAGAGCCCCGGGCCGGGGGUCCCCGCGCCCCCGCCGCGGCCCUGGGCCAAGCCCCGGCUGGACACGCAGCCCCACAGGGCGCCCUCCCGCAUCCCCACGCCCCGGGGCUACGGGGAACGGCCCCAGCGGGCCCCCAACGGCAGCGCCAGGGCCUGGGGGGCUCCGCAGAGCGUCCCCUCCUCCCUCCUGGAGCCCCCCUGGGCCCCUCGGGAGCGCGAGGGGCUGGAGGAGAACGCGUGGCCAUGAGGGGUCCCUGAGGGGUCGGUGGCAGCGCCUGGCAGCCCCUGGGGACAUCCCCGGGCUGCUGGGGAGGGUGGAGGUGGCACCCGGGCAGGCGAUGGCCGCAGAGCUGCGGUGGCCAGGACUUCUGCAUUUGGUGACUGUUGGCAUUGGGGGGGCCCUGCAAGGAGCCCCCAGCCCCUGAGGGUGCCAGGGGUGUCCCCAUGCCCUGGGGAGCAGCUCCAGGGCGGGCAGGCGUGUGGUCAGGGCAGGGGUGGCCAGAGCAGAGCUGGGAAUGGGGCUGGAGAGCACCCAGUUCCCUUCCUGGUCUCUAUCUCCUCACUCUUCUCCACUUGUUUUCCUUAUCUUGACCUUCUCUUCUUGUCUUCUCCUCCUCUUCUUGCUAUUCUUAUCCUCCUCCUCCUCUCAUCUUCUCUCUCCUCUCUUCUUUUGGGCUGCCUCCUCCUCUUCUCCUCUUGGCCUUCACAUCCUUUUCCCUCAUCAUCUUCUCCUCUUGACCUUCCCCUCUUCUCUUCUUGGCCUCAUCAUCACCUCCUGGGCCACUUUCUCCUCUCUCCUCUCCAGCCUCUCCUCUCCACCCCUGAGAUGACUUGGGGACAAUGCAGUUUGUCAGCCCAAGCCCCGUUUCAGGGCAGGAGGGGUCACUGUUCCCUCUCCAGCCCCCAGCUGGCCACAGCACUGCCCCCAGCUCGUGUUGAUGUCCCCAGGGUGGGACAGGGCUGUGUCCCCAGCCCAGGCCACCGAGGCCCCCACCCCUGCAUGUCCUCUCCAGCCAGUAAAGACCAACGGAGCUGA